AUGAACAGCGCCGAACCGGUCAUCGAGAUUGAGGAAGAGCCGGUAUUGAUUCUGCCGCAGCAUUCCAUUGACCCAGGCCUUAAAGUUUUGGACGAGUAUACGUACUUGGACGACGAGGAUGUGCUGAAUGACGACGAAGAUGAAGGUGUUGCCACGGACGAACUGGAGUUUCACUCGGCUCGCGGGGCAAGUAUUCCUCAGUCCCGCUCAGAAAGCAUCAAUUGUAGAGGAGACGAGGAAAUUGAGGAUGAACACAUCAGAGCGUUCCAGCCCGUGUUUGAAGAGGAUGAACCAAAAGACUUGGACCAAAAGUGGAAAGAAGAAGCUACAAGCCAUCAUCAUCAUCAUCAUCACCCUCUUAGUCGCAAACUCACCAGACACGAUGCCGAGUCGAUAGUUGGUGGAGAGUCGAUAGCAAGCAUGCACUUGGAAGAUGAGGUGGAGCACGAUAGGCCACACCCAGCUAGUGACCCCAAUGCACCAACCGAGGAGCAAGAAGUUCAAGUGGCCGACAACACGUUUUCCGACUCCAAGAUGAAGAAUUACAGCCAAUCGCAAAAAGUUUUUUCGUUUUCGUUGCCUUUUGGAGGUUUGGAGUCUAUCAAGCAUAACUUGACCCGGCAGUUGCAAAACUUGAAGAAAGAUUUGCCGUUUGUCAAUAGUGAAGAAGAUGAAGAAACCACACAACUACGCAGGGAAGUUGAGUUGAAACUCCAGCGGCAGCAAACUGUAAGCACCCAGGAUGAGGCAAACUACUUUCGAGACUUUAAAGGUUUGGACGCGGGCCGCUUGAGAGCUAUCAAGCACUCGAUAGCAGCCAAUGUGAAUGAAAUCCUACCUCAAAAGAAAAAGGAGUUGAAAGACUACGAGUCCAUAUACGAGAGAAUCGAUGGAAACAUUGUCAUUUUGGGUGGCUAUAGAGGGUCGAUAUUGCGGGACUCCAAGACCAAGAAACGGGUUUGGAUACCUUUGAAAGCCGGUUUCCAUUUGAGGAAAAUCGAUCUUCUCUUGGGGCCAAACAAGGAAGACGAGUUGAACGCGGAAGACAAAAUCUACCCCGACGGCGUGCUUAAAAACAUUGGCCCCAUUGAUAUAUGCAAGAAAUUGAUCAACAAAUUAGAUGCCAACCCAAAUGUCAAUAUCCAGGAACUUGGAUACGAUUGGCGGUUGAGCGGUGAUUACGCGUCGCGAUACAUAGAGAAGUUCUUGCAGAAAAUAUAUGAGGAAACGGGCAAGCCGACUUUGGUGAUUGCUCACUCCAUGGGUGGAUUGAUGGUGCAUGGUGCGUUGCAGAGGAAUCCCAAGUUGUUUCGGUCGAUUAUAUACGUGGGCUCGCCAAGUGAAUGUCUAAACAUCUUGGGUCCCGUUCGGUACGGAGACUCGGUUAUUUUUUCAGACAAGAUUUUGACCUUUGAGUCGAACUUCAUGAUGAGGUCUGGAUUUGUGUUUUUACCCAUGAACGGAGAGGCUUUUUACAACAAAGAGACUAAGGAGAGCUACAAGAUUGACUUUUUCGAUCCAGACAACUGGGUGGAGUAUAACUUGAACCCGUUGGUUUCCAAAAAGAGAAAGAUUGCAGCUGAAGCAGCAGCAGCAGCAGCAGCAGCGGCAACAUCAGCAACAGCAGAGCUCAAUUCAUCGGCAAGCAGUGGCAUCAACCCCCUCAGGAACGGCUCGACCCAAUCGUCGCUACAAUCGUCUUCGUCAUUAUCAUUCCCAAGCAUAAAUCUGAUUGGGUCGAAGCUUUCCAACAUGUACCGUUCAUCCUCGCUAAAGAAACGAACGGCGUCCAUGCCUUCUUCGCCAACGGAUAGCAACUAUGGCUUUGCGGGAAAGGAAAACAGCGCCGUCCCCGAAGAUGAAAACUACUCCUUCAGCUUUGCUGACUCGUACAGAUACUUAUCGGAAACGCUUGCAGCAACAAAGAAAUAUGUCCAGUCGCUAGAUUUCAAUCCGGCGUUGGCAGCCGAGUACCCGCCAAUGGCCAUAGUCUACGGGAAUGCAAUCCCCUCGGUGCGAGGCUCGGUGGUGCGGCUGCGGGACGAUAUCCGAAAUGGCAACUACUACGAGUUUUUCUACGGACACGGAGACGGAGUCAUCCACCAGAAAUGGCUCAUGCCCGAGCGGAAGGGGUUCACAUACUACGACAAGAUGAAAGGCACCGGUGAGAUUGUUGGUAAAUUUGCUAGUAAUUCUGCUCAUGUCAAUCUCAUGACUGACCAUGACACCAUGGGCAAGGCUUUGAACGCCGUUUUCGAAGCUGAGCAGUUCUGGGAACGAAAGAAACAAUUACAAAGGGAAGCCAUGGCUGAACAUGUCACUGUUGGAGAUAAGAUUGAUCUAUAA